AUGACCAAGCUGCCGUCCCAGGUCCGGGGCUGCUGCUGUUCGGACCCUUCUCCUGUGGGGCCCGGGGUGGGAGUGGGGUGGGAGUGGGGCGAGCGCGUGGAGGGGGUGAGCGCCCAGGACGUGCUGCUGGUCCACUCCUGCCGGCAGUGGACGACGGUGACGGCGCACAGCCUGGAGGAGGGACACUACGUCAUCGGCCCCAAAAUCGACAUCCCGCUCCAGUACCCAGGGAAGUUCAAGCUGCUGGACCAGGACCGGGACAUCCGCGAGCCCGUGCAGUACUUCAACAGCGUGGAGGAGGUGGCCAGCAUCUUCCCGGACCGUGUCUUCGUCAUGGAGGCCAUCACCUUCAGCGUGAAGGUGGUGUCGGGGGAGUUCAGCGAGGACAGCGAGGUGUACAACUUCACGCUGCACGCGGGGGACGAGCUGACGCUGAUGGGGCAAGCGGAGAUCCUCUGCGCCAAGACGGUGAAGGAGAAAUCGCGCUUCAACACCAUCCUGCGGAAGCUGGGCAAGGCGGUGCCGGCGGCGGGGGCCAGGCAGGUGAAGGGCAAGAUGCCCUGCCUGAUCUGCAUGAACCACCGCACCAACGAGAGCCUCAGCCUGCCCUUCCAGUGCAAGGGCCGCUUCAGCACCCGCAGCCCCCUCGAGCUGCGGCUGCAGGAGGGCGAGCACACCAUCCGCAGCAUCAUCGAGAAGGUGCGGCUGCCCGUCAACGUGGCCGUGCCCAGCCGCCCCGCGCGCAACCCCUACGACCUGCACGCCAUCCGCGAGGGCCACUGCUACAAACUGGUCAGCAUCAUCUCCAAGACGGUGGUGUUGUGCUGCAUCCUCCGCCGGGACGAGCUGGUCCCCUUCCACUUCCUCCUGCUGACCGACAUGCCCCGCUUCCAGCUGCCCGAGGGGCUGCUCGCCGGGGACCCCCAGCUGGAGAAGCUGCUGCGGGACAGCGCUGCGUACUGCCACGACCGCUUCAACCCCGACGAGUACUCGCGGGCCGUGCGGGAGGCCAAACCUGACUUUUCGGAGGAAUGCGCCAGCCCCCGGCGCCUGCGGCUCUGCCUGCCUGCCUGCACCCGCGAGGAGCUCAGCCAGCCCCUCCAACGCCUCUCCCUCUGCGCCUGCAGCACAGGGGUCCCCCGGGAGCCCACCGCCCACUGCCAGGGACAGCGGGGCGUCGGGGGGGGCACCCCGCGCCCGCCGCUGCCCGACUUCCCCGACCCCGACCGGGAGUACAUGACACCCGACUGGGCCGAGCCCGAGUUCAGGACUCAGGAGCCGCUGGAGAUCCCCUACGAGGAGCUCUGGAGCAACCCCAGCCCCGAGGGCUGCUGCGAGCCCGGCAGCGGCGCCGGCCGGCAGGACCUCGUCUCCUUCAGGGCCGUCACCCCACUGGGCUCCCCGCACCGCCCCGGCGUGCCCGGGGACGAGCCCCGGGGGGACACCCCACCCCCUGUGCCACCCAAGUCAGAGGCGGUGAAGGAGGAGUGCCGGCUGCUGAACGCACCCCCUGUGCCGCCCCGGGGCAGCCGCCCCCCAGCACCCUGCAGCCCCCCGGCACCCCUACGCUGCCCGAAGCUGGCACCCGUUCCCUCGCCCAGCCCCAGCCUCUCCUACUACUCCUCGGGGCUCCGUGACGGCGGGGACGGCUCGCCCUGGCUGCCCCCCGCCGACCUCUCGGCUCUCUCGCUGGAGGAGGUCUCCAAGUGCCUGCGCUUCAUCGGCCUCUCCGAGGACGUGGUCAGCUUCUUCGCCCGUGAGCGCAUCGACGGCAGCAUCUUCGUGCAGCUCAGCGAGGAGAUCCUGGCCGACGACUUCCGUCUCACCAAGCUCCAGGUGAAGAAGAUCAUGCAGUUCAUCAAGGGCUGGCGCCCCAAGAUCUAG